AUGGAGAAUGUAAAAUAUGAAAUAAAAUUAAAUGCUAUAAAUUUUAGUAAUUUAAAGUAAAUUGUAGUCGUAUUUGAAGAUUAAUAUAAAAUUUAGCAAAUUGGUAAAUUUUAGUAAAAUUGCACAGAAUAUUCGAAAUGUAGUGCUUCCUACGUUUAAUAUGUGUUUUAUAUUUCAUACUCUCGAAAAUACAAAUUUACACAAUGACGACUCAGCGAGAAAACCAAGAAAAAAAGCUUACGAGAUCACGUUAAUUGACGUCAAUGGUAACCAGAAACUGAAUUCGGAAUGAAGUGAAUUCAGCAGCCACGACGGGUGUGUCAAUAGCGAAAUUUUUUUCUUAAAGUCCCCUCUCUUUCUCCCUCGGCCCGUAGAGGUUCCGCUAUCAAAUUUCAGAGCCUCAAACGUCAGGGAAAAAAGGAAAGAAAAGAAAGAAGAAAAGCAAAAAGGAAAAAAAUGCAAAUGAAACACGGUAUCUGAGAGAUCCACAGGUCGGUGAAAGCGCGAUCGGAAUAUUGGUUGAUUCGCAGCGAAGCGGCAGCGAAUUCGCGAUUCCGAAUCGGCGGUGAGAAUUCAGAGGCGGCGAGGGUGUCGAAAGACGCAUGAGUCGAACGUUAACUCGUCGUCUGGCGUCUUUCUCUGGUUCUUCCCUCCGUCUUCCGUUUCCCUUCGGCUUUCCUCCACCGCGUUUCUCCGCUAUCCUCGGCUCUCUCGCCCCUGUUACUUUCGUCUGCUCGUUCCCUAGCUGCACAGUCCCGGCCUGGACCGAGGAGUGCAUUAAAAUAAAUUAAUUUUCAUGAGAUUUUCCCGUAGCGAAUGGCCGUUACGGGACUUAAAAUAAUAAUUCAACGAGCCGCAUGGGCGGAAUUUGCAUUUCCACGUCACGGCACGCUUCUACCAGCCAGCCAGCCAGCCAGCGACGAUCUUCAACAGCGUAACGGAAGUCGGAAUAGAAUUCAGAAGGCAGCAACGCCGGUUGAAUGGAAGAUGGGAACAACGUGGAAAAGCGAACGGCGAGGGCCACCGAACGCGUCUGGAGAAGCGAGAAGCUGCUUGUUUAUUGGGGAAACAGAUACUCGUCGACUUAAGAGAAGAUUCGUUUAAGCGGCAGAAAUAUUGCGGAUUUAUAAGUAAUUGCUGAGUGAAAUUUCUUUUUUUUUUUUCUAUAUCGCUCAGAGUAAAAAAUAUUUUAAGAUUUAAAUUUUUUUACUUAAGAUUUUGUUUCGAUAUUUUAUUGAUUUCAUUUUGUUUCAUUGGUUUAUUCGGACCCGCUGAUUUUAGGCUAUUCGUCGAAUAAAAAAUUCUUGUUACUACAGAUCAAGAGUUUUGAAACUUUAG